CUUCCACUGAAGAGCGGUGAUCAGAUGCUCCCGUCUGCGAGUGUUAGAGUUUGGAGGAUGCUGACGCUUGUCUGCGCGAUGAUGUGCGUCUCCUCAUGCGUCGCACUGUGUCCGUCGCGCUGCGAGUGUUUUGAUAUUGAACAUACGGUGCGAUGCGCGUCUGCCGCGCUGUUCCGAGUCCCCGCGGCGAUCCCGAGCGACACGAUCAGCCUGAUCAUCACUGGAAACACGAUUCACAGACUCGAGCACGGCGCGUUCAACGGACUAAAGAACGUCACACACCUGAACCUGAUGAAUAAUGGCAUUAUGGAGGUUGGAUCGCAUGCGUUCUCCUCACUGCACAUGCUGCGUUCUCUAAUCCUGAACAACAACCAGCUGGUGCUCAUCCAUCCAGAGGCGUUCUCCGUGCCUGGAAGCCCCCUGCAGGAGCUCAGCCUUCGCUCGUCUCUCUACAACUACACAUCUCUGACUGACCUCAUCACUGCCCUGCGAUGGGGCGAGCUCACAAAUCUGCUGCGCCUUGACUUGUCGGACAACCACCUUGUCCUCUUACCCCCGGGGAUGUUCUCUCCACUGCCAAACCUGCAGCAUCUCCAUCUGAACAACAACUCUCUGGUGGCCAUCUACAACAGCACUUUCUCUGGUAUCGAGCAACUUUUGGAGCUGGACUUGAGCAGGAAUGCGUUUAGAACUAUCAGCGACGAGGGUCUUUACGAGUUGGAGCGACUCGGUCCGGUCCGUCUGAUGUUGGGUCAGAAUCCGUACGUGUGCACAUGUGAAGCACAAGAGUUUGCGAACUGGCUAAACGGUUCAAAGGUCAAGGUGGGCGACGCAGACAGGCUGUAUUGCGAAUACCCCCCAGCGCUGCGUGAAGUGUCUUUGCGGGUUGUCACUGCACAGGCGUUGGGGUGUUACGGUAAACCGCACGAAGAGAUUACAGACUUGUCCCUAAAUACUUCCUACGUGUUCCUUGGAUUGGUGCUGGGAUUCGUUGGCAUGGUAUUUCUAUUCGUCGUCUACCUCAACAGAAAGGGUAUCAAGAAAUGGAUCACAGACAUACAUGAAGCAUGCCAAAAUGUGCUGGAGGGGUAUCAUUAUCGGUACGAAAUCGACUCUGACCCACGACUGGGGCGUGUUGCAAACAUUCGGCAGGGUCAGCCUCGAAUGGACCCACAUUUGGGGCACAUCCCUUCUGACUCCCGUAUCACACAGAUUCCAUCGGAUGUGACACUAUAACUGGAUUGCACAAUGAACCCAUUUUUAAAAUUUUAGAAAAAUAUAUUUCAGUCUGUAGCAAAGUGGACUUUUUUUCUAGACCAAAUCAAGGAAAUCAUGUCAUUGAGACUAGUGGUCAGUAGAUACCAUUAACUAGAGAGAUGGCUGGCUGAUGGCUUAUGUAAUUCCAAUAUAUGCAUGCAUGAUGUAGGCUAAUAUACGUUAGAUUGGACAACAUCCACCAGUGCAAUAUGAGUGCACUCAUAUUUUUGCACUCAAAACAAGGACAAAUUGUUAAAGCAUAUCCUUUAUCUACUGUGUCAAUGUGUAGGAUUACAGUAGCAUUAACCAACAUGGACUAAAAGCCACAAACCCUACAUGUACAUCUGGUUACCGUGAUUUUGCCAAGUAAGACCUAUUCCUGGAUCAAAAUACUUACUGCUAAUCCUGGAACAACAUCCCUGUCAGAAGUCCUAACUCUAUCCCU